GCUCACGAGUCGUGAAUGUUCUCGGACGCGCGCCUCAGCUUGUGCAGCAUUCACAAAAGGUUGAGGUGAUGCUGAAUGGUUGCCGUGCAUUCCCACAGCGCUGGGCUCGGUCUCUCCUGGCAAACAAAGGGACGCUCUAAAACGUAUCUCACUAAAAGUAAGGAUCCAAUUACAUGGCCAAGUGCGCACGAGAUUUAAAAAAAAAAAAAAAAAAAAGGCGAAGGUGCCCUAGUAACUUUGUGAUUGGUUGUUAAUAAAGUCAGUCAACUAUCAAUCAAGGUUGACAGCUUGUUCCAUGGCAACUCACUCGGCAACCUCAGCACAGCAAGCAACAAAUGCUCAUCCCUGUGUUUAGUGUGUCCAUUCAGGGAGUGGAGCUAAAGGAAUCAUGCCUCCUAAGAAAAAAACGAAAAAGACCACAAAGAAGGCUCCCGAAAAAUGUGAAAAUGACUCAGAAGCAAAGUAUAAGCACAGUAUUCUGGAUAUAGCCGUCCUACAGGAUCAUAUUGCCAUACAGCGUGAGUCUGCAAUGAAGAUCCAGUCUGAUAGAGCUGACCUGAGGAGACGCGUGAGAGACAUGGAGCAGAAGCUGCAGCACGAGGGACAAGACCACAGGGAUGUGAACUCUGACCUCCGUCGACAGUACAAAUCGAUGCAGACGGACAUGAGCAGCAAGGUGAAGAGGCUGGAGAAGGAGGUCGGCCAGCUGAAAGAGGAACUUGCCCUGUGUCAGGAUGAAUUGAAGAGAGAGAAAAGAGAGCGUGAGCAGGUUGAACAGGAGAAGGACACCGUCAUAUCUGACCUCUGUCAUAAGAUGGACAACAUGGAAACUGACUAUGAGAAGAUCCUGCAUGAGACUCUAGACAGUCUGACUUCCCAGCUGUCUGUGACUGGACAGGAAUGGAAGGGCAAGAGCACAGAGCUUCAUCAAAAUCACAAGGACCUGCUCUCUGAAUUUGGCCUGAAUGCUCCGAACAUCUGAGACAGACUUAAAAGAUCUAAAGGCAGCUGCUCCUCUCGAUGAGACACAUUUGUUGGUUCUGAUAAAUAAGGCCGUUACAUUUUUGUAAAAAAAAAGUGAAACCUGCAACAUUAUCAACUUUUAGCUCAUGAUUAAGUAUGCCUGAAACGGUGGCUGUUGGUACCAUAUUUCAUCACCAGAGUACAAAAUAGGCAGAUCUAACUGCAUGUAUCCAUAGAUAUCCAUAAGGUGUUUGUAAUGUCGUGUAAUGACCACUAGAUGUAGCAAAUGACUGUCAAUGGUUUCAAAGAUGGUGUCUUUGGUAAAAUAAGAAGAGGAACACAAUCACAUUAAAGGAAUGAUACGUGUGCUGUACUGUAUAAACACAUCAAUAAAGGCUUUAAAAUCAA